ACCGCUGCCGCGGCGCCGCCCGCGCCUCUCCGCCCGGCGGCGGCGGCGGCGGCCAUGGGCGUGUUGCCGGUGCCGGCGGAGGUGCGGGCCAUCCUGCUGGACAUCGAGGGCACCACCACUCCCAUCGCCUUCGUGCAGGACACCUUGUUCCCUUACAUCAAAGACAACAUUAAGGAGUAUCUGCGUGCACACUGGGAGGAAGAGGAAUGCCAGCGGGAUGUUGGUCUUUUGAGGAAACAGGCUCUAGAGGACUCCAGCUUGGAUGGAGUUGUACCAAUCCCCUUAGAGAGCGGAAGCGGGGAAGAGGAACUGGAGAGGGUUAUCCAGGCUGUUGUAGACAACGUGCGCUGGCAGAUGUCUCUUGACAGAAAGACUACAGCACUGAAACAGCUGCAAGGUCAUAUGUGGAGGGCAGCCUAUGCAACUGGACACGUGAAAGGAGAAGUCUUUGAGGAUGUGGUUCCAGCCAUCCGGAAGUGGAGAGAAGCAGGGAUGAAAGUCUACAUCUACUCUUCAGGAAGCAUUGAAGCCCAGAAGCUUCUGUUUGGCUACUCUACAGAAGGUGAUAUUCUAGAGCUUUUCGAUGGCCACUUUGAUACCAAGAUAGGUCCCAAGGUAGAAAGCGAGAGCUACAGAAGGAUUGCUGAGAGUAUUGGGUGCGCAACUAACAACAUCCUCUUCCUGACCGAUGUCCCUCGAGAAGCGAAUGCUGCCGAGGAAGCGGAUACCCAUGUGGCUGUGGUAAUCAGACCAGGGAAUGCAGGACUGACAGACGACGAGAAGUCGUAUUACAGUCUCAUCUCAUCUUUCACUGAACUUUUCCUGCCUUCUUCCACUUAGGGAAAAGGGUGCAUGCACAAAAGACUGUGCUUCACCUCAGCUGUCCUUGUGUAACCUUAGUUAACUAUUCAGUAAUCAGAAUUUAAAACCAAACCCACAUCAUGUAUUGGACCCACAACUAGGGCAGGUGUGGUGGAGAGAACGCUGUGGGGUUCCUUAUGCGCUGGGACCGAGGCCUGCAAAAGCCUGCCAGGGCUGGGAGCAGUCUGAGGAGCAGCACCCAUAAACCUUGCUUUUCCUUCACUUUCCAGCUAGGAAUUAGCCCAGAGGAUGCUUCCCUCCACGUCACUCGUUGCAACCUGGUGCUGAGAAGCCCCACCACGAGCUCCGUCCUUCUUAAAAGCAUUCUGCAGACAAAGCUUGCGCCUCCCCCGCUCCCAGAGGGGCCGACAAGGACUAGGGGGAGAAACAAGCUUCACCCUCUAGAUGGAAUUUCUGCCUCUCGCACUAAGUUAAAACUUUCCAAGUUAGGUCCAUAUAUUUUUAAAAAUCAAACUCCAAACCCACCUCGCAGCGCUGCCCAGCGGUGCUGGGCUGUGGGGUCCAACCGGCUGCACACCAAAGUCAGCGUGGCUGCGUUACUGGAGCGUUUCCCUUAGCAAUAACCGGCUGGGCUCCUCCUCGCUAGCCGAGAUCACCUGCCGUGCAUUUGUGGCACUGGUCAGCUGAGGGCAGCCCUUUAUAAAUAGUUGCUGGUAAUGGCUGCAUCCUGCUGCAUUUAUUGAGAAUUAAAACCCAGCCCUUUUCACACAGCCUGCCUAAAUUGUGCCAAUUUAUGCCAGAUGGUCAUGGAGCUUUUCCUAUUGUAGUGAAUAAAACCCCAAAUUUGCGUUCAUUGUGCUCACUCUACUGCAGUAUUUAGCAUUCCUGUCUAUCAGUAACUCCAUCACUUAACGAUAACGUUUUUUAAAAAACCUGCAAACACUUCAUUUUUUCUGCUUUCACCCUUCCUGGUCCGUUCUUUAAGGCAGGCUAGCCCGUCCUGCAGAGGAAGCAGCAUUACCUCCCAGAUCAUCGUACGCUUUCGCGCGGCGCUUGGCAGGGUAGGGGAGGUGAGAGGCACAACCAGACUAUGGCAAGUAAUAGCAGUAACGGGGGCAGUCUGAAACCCUAAGGACCCCUGGACUUUGCGCCUGGGUAUCGGUUUGGGCUUCGUGAUGUCUGUAUGGUUGUGCGUGACCCUGCGCUCACGGCUCUGGGGAGGAGGUGGCCACAGCCGAACACGAACGCUAUUCCGAGUGCUGCUGUACGUCUACAGCUGUCCCCGCUGAGGCUGCUGCUUGCCCAGCAAGCCGGAGAAAGGCGUCUGGGGAGGCACCGCAUCGCGCCAGCACUGUCCUUCCGAAACGCUGACAGUAGCAGGUAGGGCUGGGGGGCAGCUCGAUGCGGGGCCUCCCUCGGCUGGGCGACCAGCGCGCGCUGCUUCCUGGAGAGAGCCUGCUAAUUAGCAACCAUUACAGUAAGCGUAUCUGCAUGAUAGUCCCCGCUUCGUUACUGUUAAUUAUUUGUAUCAUGACAGUGUAAAUACUCAACUUCCGUUCUGCCUUUCCCAUCGUAGAUCUGUGCAUGGGGUAUGGGAGAAAAAUAAAACACACUUUCUCCAUAAAA